AUGGAGUGGGAGCGGGGCGACAUCGAAACGGAGUGCGGCAUCCGAUUGCUGCGAGAAAAGCUCCAGGCCUUUCACGGUAUGCUCUUCGAAGUGGCAGGAUAUCUUGCGCCUAUCGGCCGUGCUUUCAGCUUCGCCUCCUUCGAUGUGAAACUGUUGGUGCCUCUGGCAUCAGCUGCACUCGUGGCUGGCUGCGAAAAACACGUUGACCUGAGGUGGGACCCAGCAUGCCAUGGUGCUGGUGAGGCCUCUCUGAAGGAGGUUCUAGCCUGGUGUACUCUCGUCGUUGUCGCUGCGCUUCGUGGCAUGAUCGGUGAUGGCUGGGCGGGUUGGGCGAUCGCUGUGACGACAGUGGCGGCAGUGGACGAAAGACAGGAGCUUCCACGACCAGCUGCCCUUUCCUUCGUGGAGGACUCAGUGGCUGCAGCUCCGAGAGCCGCGCUUCAGAAGCAAAAGGAAUGUGAUGCGAUGUGGGAGCUGGCCACUGCUCGAGCUGUUCGUGCGACGAGCGUUGCUGGAGAACUGCUUGCCGUACUGUUGCAGCUGGUCGAGCUAGAGGUGCCUGUCGUACUUCGUGUGGUUGAUAUGCCACUGGUAGUUGUUGUGGACUUUAUAAAGGCUGAGGCAUCGCUGCCAUAUGUGCUGCUGCUAGACGUCCGAGUUGGCAAAGCUGAACCGCUGGCAAACGCUGCUGCGGAGCUUGUGCUACUGCUGGAGCUACUUGCACCGGUGCUUGUCCUGCUGGUCGAUGAGCCGGAAAUAGCUGAGAUGCUCGUGCUUCGCGUCCCAGUUGUCGGGGUGCCGGUGACGCUGGCGCUGCUGGAACUGCUGCUCUUGAUGCUCGAACUGGAUCUGCUUUUCGUGGAUGUGCUGCUACUGCUGGUUGAGCUGGAGGUGCUUGAAAUGCUCGUGCUAGAUGUCAGUGUUGUCGAGGUGCUUGAUGUGCUGCUGCUCCGCGUUUCGGUAGUUGAGGUACUGCUGAUGGAGGUUGUGGAGCUGAAACUGCUGCUACUGGAGCUGCUAGUUGCGCGCGAGCUGCUGCUUGAGCUGGAACUUUGGCUCGAGCUGCUGGAUGUUCUGGUAGCUGUGGCGCUGGUGCUGCUGGUCACUGUCGUGGACGUGCUUCCUGUGGUUGAGAUGCUGCUUGACGUGGAGGUGGAACUUGCGGUGGACGUCGUGGACGUUGUUGUGACCCAGAACUUCCAGAG